AUGGCAACUAAGGCACCAAGGCGGACGCUGAUUGUCCAGAUCCAACGACGACUUUCAAGUUUUAGCACAAGUCAGCUGCUAACAAUCGUUAAUGCCAUUGAUGACGGCAACAUCACAGCCAUCGAUGAUGAGUCAAGUGACAGUGACCUGUAUGAACUCAUUGUUGACUAUGUGAGAAUUGACAAGCUGAAGGCACUUGAGGAUGAAGGCAUGUCACAGCUGCUCGUUUUGGACGAUUUGACGAGCGAUCUACUGAAACCUGCUGCUGCCAUGGGUCCUGGAGCCGAUGAUCCUGCCACAACCCACACCAGCGAUCCUUCAUCUCCUCAGCACAACGAACUCCACUCCUUACACCUCAACGACAUCCCUGGAGAAGAUCAUAAUACAGGAACACCUCUGAGGCGGCUCCCUGCCCCAGACCAAACCAGCGGAAGGGUUGGACUCCCACGGGGUGGGGCUAGUCCAUCAUCUAGUAUGAGAAACCAGGUAUUGAGUAUCAGUGAUGUGGCAAGCCUGCUCCCCCGAAGAGAGUUCAAGCUCCAUGGUGGACAGAUUUCAGAUACUGCGUGA